AACCUCCUUUCUUCCUCAAUCAAUGCCGCCAUCAGAUGUUACCCUUCGUAGCUGGCCUUCUUGUUCUUACCAUUUCGUUUCAUCCUUAUAUAGUAGUAUAGUUCUAUACACACUGUCCUAAAGGAGACUCUUUUCAUUUGACUUCAUUUUAUCUCUCACCAAAUCUGAAACGGCCAUAGUUCAUAUUGAAAGAAAUCAAGAAUACGCGUGUAACUUGUCUGUGUAUAAAUAAGGAAAGAGAGAUUACCAUUUAUUAAUGCUUCUUUCUAGCUGAAACCGUGUUUUUACUGUUAAUUACUUAAUUAAGUACUCAAGACUCAAAUUUCUUCUUCAUUUACCUACGAGCCCCACCACUCUUACUCGUCUUGCUCUGCAGAAACUGUAUCUUUUUCUUCUUUUAUCUUUAUAUAUGCAUAAAGAUUCUUUCUGUAACGAUAAAUAGUUAUUACACCCUGUCUCAAACUCUCAAUCAGUUUUCUCAUCUUUCUUGGCGUUUCUCAUCUUUUCUUUUUGUUUUUUGCUCCCUUGUUUAAAAUGAAAAUGAAUUUGCUAUUUUCUUUGUAUUUCUGGAUGGUGGUGGUGUACGGCGGAGGUGUAGUGGUUAUGGCUUCUAGUGAUAGUAGUUCGACACAGAGGGAGCUUGAUCAGACACCCACUUGGGCCGUGGCUGGCGUUUGUGCUGUUAUGAUCAUCAUUUCUAUUUUAUUGGAAAAGGGUCUUCACAAAUUUGGAACGUGGUUGACAGAAAGGCAUAAGAGAGCUCUAUUCGAAGCCUUGGAGAAGAUCAAAUCUGAGCUGAUAGUUUUAGGAUUCAUUUCACUGCUCCUUACUUUUGGGCAGACAUACAUUACAAAAAUAUGUAUUCCCCAAAAGGUUGCAGACACUAUGUUGCCAUGUCGGGCGGACGGUGUAAAUGAUGAAACUGAAGAAGGGCAUCGUCGGCGGCUAUUGUGGUUUGAACGUAGGAAUUUGUCAGGUAGUGAAAGCACUACUAUAUGCAAAACGGGCUAUGAACCACUUAUAUCAGUUGAUGGAUUGCAUCAAUUACACAUCCUCCUGUUCUUCUUAGCAGUCUUUCAUGUGGUAUAUAGUUUAACAACCAUGAUGCUUGGAAGACUAAAGAUUCGUGGUUGGAAGGUAUGGGAGCAGGAGACUUUAUCCCAUGAUUAUGAGUUUUCAAAUGAUCCUUCAAGGAUCAGACUUACUCAUGAGACAUCUUUUGUGAGAGCACAUACUAGUUUCUGGACUAGAAUUCCUUUCUUCUUUUAUAUUGGUUGCUUCUUUCGACAAUUUUUUAGGUCUGUUAGCAAGUCUGAUUACAUGACAUUGCGCCAUGGAUUUAUCACAGUCCAUUUAUCUCCUGGAAGUAAAUUUAACUUCCAAAAAUACAUCAAAAGAUCAUUAGAGGAUGAUUUCAAAAUCGUUGUGGGAGUAAGUCCAAUUUUAUGGGCAUCCUUUGUCAUUUUCUUGCUCCUAAAUGUUAAAGGAUGGCAAGCAUUAUUUUGGGCUUCUAUAAUCCCAAUGAUUAUAAUCUUAGCUAUUGGAACAGAGCUCCAAUCCAUUCUGACAAAGAUGGCCAUUGAAAUUGCAGAAAGGCAUGCUGUAGUGCAAGGGAUGCCUCUUGUGCAAGCCUCAGACAAACAUUUUUGGUUUGGCCGGCCUAUGUUAGUUCUUCAUCUCAUCCAUUUUGCCUUGUUUCAGAAUGCUUUUCAGAUAACAUACUUCCUGUGGAUAUGGUAUGAAUUUGGGAUAAAUUCAUGCUUCCAUGCCAAUUUCAAGCUUGCAAUAGUAAAGGUUGCUUUGGGGGUCGGAGUCCUAUUUCUAUGCAGCUACAUCACACUUCCAUUAUAUGCCCUUGUAACUCAGAUGGGUUCGCAUAUGAAGAAAUCAAUAUUUGAUGAACAAACAAGUAAGGCGCUUAAGAAGUGGCAUAUGGCUGCAAAGAAGAAGCAAAGGAAAGGAGGGAAGUCUCCCACCAGAACCCUAGGUGGAAAUUCAAGCCCAGCAUCUACACUGCACUCUUCUGGACGGUCACUGCACCGAUUCAAAACUACUGGGCAUUCUGCUCGUUCGUACGCCUACGAAGACCAGGAAAUAUCUGAUAUGGAAGCCGAGGCACUGUCACCGACACCAUCAACAACCAACUUGGAUGCAAGAACUAUUCAGAAUGAUCAAGCAACUGAACUAAGCGAAUCUCAUGAUGAUGACAAAGGAACAAGUAAUGAAGAUGACUUCUCUUUGCCAAGGCCUGCCUUGACAAAAAAACCUUAAUUAUAUAUAUCAGUUACAGCUAUAGUACAGACAGUGGCUUUUUCCUGUUGCAGUUGCCAUUGCACCGCCUUGUACAUGAGGUUCUAAGAAAAGAUUAUAGCUCUUUGAAGUGCAGUUAUCUCAAGUCAUUUGUUUCAUACAAUUUUUUUUAAAUAUAUACAUGCAAUUUAUAAAGGAGAAAAGGCAUUAUGGUUUUAGUC